AGAUUGCAGUCGAAUUUACAUUCUAUAUAAAUUGAGUUACAUGUAUUUUACGUAAUCACAGCGGGCAAAGAACGAAGAGAUGUGGGUGGAGAUUGUGUUGUUGUUUGUGUUGGUGUUGGUGUACGCGGUGCUGAGGGACAGGCGCCCCCGCAACUGCCCUCCUGGUCCGUUUGAAAUACCGUUUUUCGGAGGUCUCCCCAUCCUUUACGAGGGACCGGCGGAAGAUCUGAAGAAAAAGUAUGGUGACGUUGUUAUGUAUCGGACUGGGUCGUACCGUUCGGUGUUCCUGUUCGACUACAACACCGCCAAGGAGGCCAUGGCGAGACUCGAGUUCGCCGACCGGCCUGAUUUCUUCUCCACAUUCAGCAUAGAUGACCAGAAACUAGGAGGGGUGGUUAGCAGCAACGGCGUACACUGGCAGCACGACCGUCGCUUUGUGCUGCGCAACCUCCGCAACCUCGGCAUGGGCAAGAGUUACCUGGAGGAGGCCAUCAACAUCGAAGCCAAGGCGCUGGUGGAAGACCUCAAGAAGUACGGCGGUGAAGCCAUCAACUACCCCGACAGCUUCAGGACUGUGGCGCUCAACAUCAUCUGGCAGAUGGUGGCCAGUACGCGGUUCGACCUAAGAGGCACGGAGGUGGAAGUCAUCUACAGAGUCAGCAAGGAGUUCCAGACGAAGAUGACGCCCAUGAUGUUACUACCUUCGUUCGUCCCAGUGCUCGACUACCUACCGAAAUGCGUGAAGAACUACCUGUUCAAUGAACACAUUGUUGACGAGUUCUUCGACCAGAUGAAAGCCGUAGUAAAGGAAACCAUAGACCAGCACCUGAAAAACUACGAUCCAGACAACGUACGAGAUCUCAUGGACGAGUACAUCAAAGGCAUGAAGGAGAGCGAAGGAGACUAUGACACCUUCUUCAGAAAGGGAGCCCUAGGCCAGAUCAUCAACGACCUGUUCCAAGCGGGAUCAGACACAGUAAACUACCAGCUGAAGUGGGUGGCCUACCUGCUCGCCCGGUAUCCAGAGUACGCAACGAGGAUGCAGCAGCAAAUAGACGCCGUCGUGCCCAGGGACCGCAUGGUGUCUCUCGACGACAAGCCGGGGUUGCCUCUGAUCGAAGCCUUCAUGAUGGAGACCAUGCGGUACUCCUCAAUGAUCACCAUGAACGUUCAGCGCUCUGCCACGCGUGACACAACAAUCAACGGCUACUUCAUCCCCAAGGACACGAUAAUUGUGGUUUCCAACUACUCCGUCCACCACGACCCGCGGUAUUGGGAAGAGCCCGACAAGUUCUACCCUGAACGAUUCCUGGACGAGAAGGGAACAAAGUUCACCGCUCACAAGCAGGGCUUCUUCGCCUUCGGUUCUGGUCGGCGUCAGUGCGUGGGGGAGCUGCUGGCCCGCAUGGAGUUGUUCCUCUUCACCGCUGCCAUCGUCCAGCACUUCGACGUGCGCCCCCCGGACGGCGUCGACAUCACCGCGGAAGACAUCCGCCACUACGCCGGCGUGCGCGUGCCUGAUGAUCGGAAACUCGUGUACAAACCGCGGGAUUAAAUCUGCCAUGCAAAUCAAGGGAUUGAAUCAUAGACAUUCUCCCUCACAAUUCAAAGGAUUAAAAUCUUGGAUAAUCUCCCGUAAAAUUCAAAGGAUUAAAGUCAUGGACAAUCUCCCAUGCAAAUCAGUGGAUUUAAAUAAUCGAAAGUCACCACUACAAACCAAGAGAUCAAAAUUAUUGACAAUCAGAUUAAAUUAGUUGGUAUAAAGCAACCAAUAGAUUAUUAAUCAUGCGGUAGAACACAAUUUAUCGGGGAAGUUACAAUAUUUGAUAGAGCAAAAUAACGGUCGGCUAAAUAAACUAUAUAUCAAUUUCAAUAGCAUUCGUCUACAUGCCGCUCCUCACAUUUCCGUAUAUAUCUAUUGAUAUAUGGGGUCGAUGGCGAUCGCUAACUUCUCUUUGGAAAUUUUUGGGGGAGGGAAGGAAAGGUAUAUUUGGUAACAUAAAAUACUAUAUACUGAAAUCCAUUCUCUCCCUCCCCUGUCGUCCCACAAAAAUUAUUAUCGCUUGCCAUGCUCGAGCAUUGAAGGCUAUUGUAGAGCAUUGUUGCCCAUUGAGGUAUUUUGAGGCAAAUUGUUUUAUAUUUAGGUAAUUUCAGCUAUUUUUUGAGGCAUAUUCUUUUAUAUUUAGAUAUUUUCAGCUAUAUUUUGAGGUAUAUUGUUUUACAUGUAGGUAAUUUCAGCUAUAUUUUAAGACAUACCGUUUUAUAUUUAGAUAAUUUCAGCUAUAUUUUAAGACAUAUCUUUUUAUAUUUAGAUAAUUUCAGCUAUAUUGUUUAUAUUGAGGCAUUAUGAGAUAUAUUGACGUAUUUAUAGGCAUAUUGAGGACAAUUAAGGCGUUUUGAUGUGCACUGAAGGGUUUUGAGGUAUAUUGAAUUGUAUUUAGGCACAUCGAUGCAAAAUGUUGUAUAUUAGGCAAUACUGAAAUGAGAUAUUCAAAAAUAUUUUUAAAAAUAGAACUAUUGCACAGCAAUACUCGAGUUGACCCAUCUUCAGAAGUGGGGAUACCCCACCAAAUGAUGCAAGUAUUCUAUUUUGACUUAGAAUGUGGUAUUUUAUCUAUACACGUGAACUAUUUCAACCAAUAUCGAAUAUAUAUAAUACUAUAAUCAUACAUAAUAAAUUUACAUAUUAAGAUUCAUAGCUUUAAUAAUGAUUUUUUUCGUUCAUCUAAUUCUAUUCUCACUUUCUGGAACUGAAAAAAUUGGGAUUUCUAUGUCGGUGUCUACAAGUUUUUUUUUUUUUUUGCAAAAAUUGUGCAUUAUAUUCGAAGUUCCUUUUACAAUAAAUUAGAAUUUGGGUGUCCUUAAUUAGCUUUUUGUGAUCAGGUUCGUAAUAAAUUGUUGAUAAAAUCCAUUAAAAACCAAACUUAGAAAACUUAAGGCGAUUAUAAGAUGUAAUGGAAUUUGUUUAUAUGUUAUAACAUUUCAGUAAAGGCUCUAAUUUUCUCCUAAAUUCUACCGAGCUUCUUAAAAAGUUAACUUAUCACAUUUCUUGGGCCAACUUUACGGCCUCCGUAAUCAUGAGUCACAUUUGGUUCAAUAUUAUUGUUCUUGUUUAUGAAAGCACCGAGUGGUCUAGAAUCUAGAUCGCCGUCAUCGCAGCCGCAAGUUGGGGUUCGAAACUCGAGAUUGGUAGUGAAAAUUCUGAUAGAAGGUAAAGGCGGCGGGUGGUUGAGAAUUGGCCACAGACCAACUUGGCCUAAUCCAAUUUAACUCAAGUAUAUAAUUACUUCAUUUAUUUACGUGGGCUGAGUAAAUAACGGCGCUGUUUCGCGAGAACGCGUGUAAAAUUAUGUCAAACAAAAGUGAAAGU